AUGUCGAUAUUUUUUGACUUCAACAUCGGAGCGAAGAAGAGAAGGUUUAGGAGAGCAGUCCAAGAAGACAAAUAUGAGAUCGAAUUGUUGCUACAGAGUAACGAAUCUGAGAAAAUAUUCGGUAAACUGGAUGUGGGGUGUUUGAUCGAACUGGCAACACUAUCAAUAUGCAUGAUUAAUGAGAAGCAAAUGGUGAUUGGUUUUAUGGCGUUAUGUGACCACCCGGAUAUAGCAGCUGUGAACCCUGCGGAUUGGGAGAAUUGGAUGAGGAAUAUGUACCAAAAGUUCUAUUUAUCACGUAACACGCUGUUUAUACACGCAAUGUGUUGUAUAGAAGAUGCUUACGAUUUCUUUCUGGAUGAAGCUUUGAUAUCCCUGUUUAUGGACGACGUUCAUUUGCAACAGAUAGUUCUGAUGGUCCCUCCCAAUUGUCCCAGAGAGUGUAUAACUAAAUAUCAGACGAUGAAAAAGUACAAUUACAAAAAGAACAAAGCGAGGCGAGAUGACGAUUACGAAGUCAACUAUCAUUACUUCUACACGGCUUUGAGACACGAUUUUUGCCUCAAAUUGAGGAUACGACGCGCUGUAGAAGAAGACAACGACGACAUAGUGGCUAUACUCGACAAGAGUUGCCCCCAAGUUGCGAGAAUUGCUCUCGAAGGAGUAAGUGGAGUAAUGGGUCUUAAUUCAGACGUAAAUUACAAAAUGCUACAAAACACUUAUGAAUUGGACCCGUACCAUGGUUUGUGUAAGUCGACGCCGCUAGAACGAGAGCAAAUAAAGAGAAACAACUUACUUUUACGCGCAUUUGGUGAUCCAAUUAUGCUUGGGAAAUGGUGUCCAUUUGAUACGACUCCCUUUUUAGAAGAAGAAAAGGAUCCAGAUGAACAAUCCAACGACAACGUUAGUGUAAAGACGAAAACAAGCAAAGUGAACUUUCGACGCUCCUCUGCGAGUGUUGGACGUUCUUUUAGCUCCCUCCAUAGGCACCAAGAGAGUUCCGAAGAUAUGAGUGAGAAAAUCCUGCUCUCGCCUAUUCUAUCGCGACGUACCUCCUUCGUCGAAUACUUGCUGGAAGAAGAUCCAUUUGAUUACGAAAUAGUGAAUAUAGAUCACAAAUUGCUGUCCGUACCGGAGGUUUUGUCACAGGAUUUUUUGCUGUCGAACGUAAAGAAGAAAAUCCCAAGAAGGUCUAUAAUAUCAGAUAUUGAACAACAAUACAGACGCAGAUCAUCAGUACGACUAGAUCGUAACUCUAAUGAAAUUAAAAUGGAGAAAUUCUCUGGUGAACCAAAUGCAUUCAUGAUUGAAUUAUUCGGAUUACAUGAUGAUAUAGAUCAGAGCAAGUUGAGGGUGAGGAGAGCAGAAAUAGUUGACAUACCGCAAGUAGCUCAGUUACUUUACAGUUUGGAUGGACGAGAAACUCUUUGGUCUGUUGAGAAUACGAUAUUGAGACGAAAUAAAUUAGAAGCUUAUGUGUUCUUAAGUAACGUAUCUGUUGUCGGCGUUGGUAUUCUUGAACCACCCGAGCGGAUCGAUUUGAUUCGCGCGAAAUUUAACAUUGACGCUCAUCGCAUCCACAACUACCACGUGAAGGACCAAGAUAAUAAUGCUGGGUUUGCUACGCUAAAAUCUGUAUUGAUUUACCCGGCAUUCGAACCCCACUACCGCUUCUUCGUUAGAGACAUGAUGAGGUUAUCCGGAAUCCAUUCGCUUAUUUGGCUCACUGCUUAUCGGAAUAAGUGGGUGACACAUAAGCUAAAUUCGUUCGCCUCAGUGAUGAUUCCACUUUUGCCUCGAAAGUCUGACUUGGAUUACGCUCCUGUACCAGAACUGAACAAAUUGCACACGCUCUCUAAUUCUCUGAUGGCAUUCAGCUGCUGGUUCAUAAGUGGAAAACUCACCAGUGUGCCCAAAGUGACAGUGGAUUCGAGACUCGUCAUUGUUGGUGCAUCUAGAACAGCUAUGGCAUUUUUAAAUACGCUGCUUUUUGGAGAUACAUCUUCGUACCUGUUCUUCACGAAUGUGACUUUGAUAUCACCACAAGGACUGCCCUACAUCAGAAACAGCAAGACAUUAGCCGAGAUGAUGUUGCUGAAACACCAUACGAAUUCAGAGAGAUAUUUGAAAAGUGUACCAUAUACGUACUAUGUAAACACAGUGCAUGGUUCUAUGGUGGAUAUUAAUAAGCAAGACAAAUACGUUAUACUCUCAAACGGCAGUAAGUAUUAUUACGACCGGCUAUUUUUACUCUGUGGAAAGCAAUACCAGCACCCAGAUUACUUGAAGGAUAUUUUGGAGAAAGAACAUCGUAGACGGAGCGGUGAUGACCAAUAUACAAGACUCGACGUACCUCAAAGCUUUAAAAGUCCCUUCGUGAAUUAUUUUACACCAAACAAUGUCUUCAUCGUUAAUAACAUAUCCGAUGCUAAUAAGGCGCUUAAUUUUGUUAGAACUAUUGACUGGAACAUAGCAAGAGCGGUUCACAAAAGCGGAAUGGCUUAUGACGGAGGAAUCGUUAUCGAUCACAAUUUCCGAACGAAUGAUCCGAAUAUUUACGCAGCUGGGCCAGUGACGAGAUAUCAUAGACGGUACUUUGCAGGUGCCAAACGUCACAAGUAUUACGACGCUUAUGAAAUUGGUACUAAGCUAGGAAAAUUUAUUAGAGAAGAAUUAGAUCCGUUGUUUUCUGAGAAAAGCGAAUGUCAGAAGAAAAACAAUUCUACAGAAGAAAGUUUUUCAAGAAGUAGUGAAAAUUGUGAAACAGACGACUCGUUUGUAAGUGUACCAGAUUUCAAAAUGCCAUUAGUGAAAUACUGCAUCUUGCCCGGCGGUUUGCAGUAUUUAGAGGUUCGAUCGCCGGGAAUGAAAGUACCGAAUUAUUACGUCCAAUCCUUGGAUUAUAACGGUUUCGUAAUAGAAACAUUUAAAGAGGGUUAUUUCAAAAUGCACUUCAAUAAAGAUCUCAUUGCCGACGGUAUUACUUGUCUAACACCAGAGAAAUAUUCUCUCGAGAAUUUCAAGAAGCUGUAUGGCUUAUCCAGUUCGGUGUUGAGCAAUGUACACUUGAGAUAUACGACGAAAAAACUAGACAAUUUAUAUGAGUUCUUCCGCGAACCAUGGGCGCACUUUUUGUAUCACGACCAUGUUGACGAACUGUUUGCAAUUGUUAAGGAGUUACUACCAAAGGGACAGUUGCAUGGAGAAACGCUGAAAGAAGUGUUAAUCGCUGCUGUGGAAAAUAUCCCUUCAAGGGCUUUAACAUGUCAUGAAAAACUCAAGAUUCGAUCGACUUUUGAGAAGUCCCAACAUCACGAAGCGAUUACAGAAUACGUCAUGCAAUGGGUGUCGGAAAAUGACGUCCUUUUGCCAAUGUACUUACAGCCCACAGAACGAACUGCGUACGCGCAUGACUUGGAUAAGAAUCCAGUUUUCAAGAGAAGGAAGAGAAGUAUCGCUAAAAUGUUGGCGAAGAUUUGUUAA